AACACAACUUAUGGCCAGACUAGUAGAUAUACUCAGUCGUAACAAUGUGUUGCUUAAAAGUAAUUGUCUUUAGUGCAUUAAUAGCAGUCGUACGCGGAGAGCGGCGAUUCCCCGACGCAUUUAAGUUUGGGGCGGCGACCGCAUCUUACCAAACUGAGGGCGCCUGGAAUGUAAGUGACAAGUCAGCUAGCAUAUGGGAUACCUUCAGUCACAACAACCCUUCAGCCAUAGUCGAUCAGUCAAACGGCGAUGUGGCCUGUGAUUCCUAUCACAAGUGGAGGGAAGACAUUGACCUAGCUUCUCAAUUAGGACUAGAUUUCUACAGAUUGUCAUUAUCUUGGACGCGGCUACUGCCAAAUGGUUUCUCCAACUACAUAAGCGAGGACGGCAAAAGAUACUACAAUGACGUUAUUAAUGGCCUUCUUGACAAGGGAAUAGAACCUGUUAUAACUCUCUACCACUGGGACAUGCCGCAGAAUUUGCAGGAUCUGGGUGGUUGGGCCAAUCCUCUCAUAGUUGAAUGGUUCGCGGACUAUGCUCGCGUGGCAUACGACCUCUUUGGUGAUCGCAUCAAAUCCUGGAUUACCAUAAAUGAGGGUAUUAUCGCUUGUGAGGCGAGCGCUGGUGUAUAUAGUCCAGGGUUCGGAAGCUAUCUGUGCAAUAAGAACGUGCUGUUGGCUCACGCGAAAGCUUGGAGGCUUUAUGACGAGGAAUAUAAGCCUAAAUAUGGGGGAAAAGUAUCGCUGACUAAUCAAAUUUUGUGGGCUCAGGCACACUCAGAUGAAUACGAAGAUUUAACCGAGCUCGUGCUGCAGAUGAGUGCCGGGCUAUACUCCCAUCCAAUCUUUUCGAAAGAAGGCGGUUGGCCUCCAUCUGUAGAAAAAUAUAUCGCAGAGAAAAGUGCCCGGGAAGGCUACAAUAAAUCCAGAUUGCCACCGUUUACCACCGAAGAGAUUGAUUAUAUUAAAGGAACAUUUGAUUUCUACGCCUUGAACUACUAUACCGGCCGGUUAAUCAGAAGUCCGAAAGACAGGGAAAAAAUUGGAGAGUGGCCGUUAUACGGCUGUGAAGAAGUAAAUGCCUUCAUGGAGCCUGCGCCUGAGUGGCCACCAACCUCGUCUACUUGGUUCUUUGAAUAUCCAGAAGGAUUACGACUUCUGCUCUCCUGGUUGAAAAAGAACUAUGGAGACUUGGAAUAUAGAAUUAUGGAAAAUGGUUAUGCCAGUGAUAAACGGGACCUUAAUGAUAUUGAUAGAGUUAAUUAUUAUAAGACUCAUUUGGAACAGGUGUAUCUCGCCAUAACCGAGGACAAUGUGAACGUAACUUACUACACGGCUUGGACGCUUAUGGACAAUUUUGAGUGGACUAAUGGUUACGUAUCGAAGUUUGGCCUCAUUGACGUGGACUUUACAAACCCGGACCGCCCCCGUACUCCACGAUCUUCCGCCUACUAUUACGCCAAUGUUAUAUCUACACGUUCAUUGUAUGACGAUGACUUAAAAACUAAUCCGGGAACUUAAUGCUAAGACUCAGAUAUUUUAUAUCUCCAUAGAAAUUGUCAGAGGUGUAUUAAUAUGUUUUAAAACAAUCACAUUAAAUAGUUGCACAGAGAUUUAGAUAGCUAAUUACCGAAUAAACUAAAUAACAUUUACCAAAUAAAUCAACCAUAGAGAUUAUUUAAUAGAUUCUAAGUACGCCUGUAUAUUAAAGAAAAUGUUACCGAUUUUUUUGUCUUAUUUUUCUUUAUAACAUCACUAGGGCCAUGAAAAAUUACUCAGAAAUACUACGCGAGUAUAAUAUGAUGCCUGCGUGUUCAUAAAAAUAAUAGAUUUAUAAAUACUUUAAAAAUGUUCGUGGUCACUCUGCGAAUUAUUAUGUACCUACAUAUUAUUGGUUGAUUAACAGCUUAUUAUAUACUGUUAGCUACUGUUGGCAGUAAUAAAAAUGAUAAUUCUG